AUGUGUUACUUCAAGGGCCUAGUUGUGGCUCUGGAUGGUUUCCAGGACAUGAAUCAAACUGGCACAGCAAUCUGCCUUACUCUGGAGGCAGGAUCUGUGAUGGACGACGACAAAGCUCUGUGUCUGACAGCRGUGACACAGGAAUCGGUACCUACUGCUCUGACAGUUUGGAAGAUUCGGCCAGCUGUUCGAACCCAGAUGUGGCUGACUGAGCAGAUGGAGUACCGACCCAAACUGGAGAGUGGAAAUGAACCUGGCCAGGCCAGUUCACCAGGGACAGAAGACUAUGGCGUAAACGGCCUCACGUUGUCUCAUCAGGAAUCGGGACUUAACCAGACGCUARUGGAAACUUCCAUUCCUGCUAACACUCUGCUGAAGGUUAAGGAGAAACUGCUGAGGGAAAGAGAACUGGAGAUACAAAGCCAAAAGCAACAAAUCAUGCAGCUGCAUGUGUGGAUCAGAGAGAACGAGCACAGAGCCCAGCAGGUCCUGGGCAGCCAGAGAGGACAGUUUCAUACCUCCAUAAUCCCAAAUACUGAGGAGUCAGCAAUGACAACAUCCUGCAAGCUGCAGUCUGAUAGGCAAUGUUGUGAUGAAGAACUUAGUAAGAAAUUAGCAGCCGCCGAGCUUGAAGUGCUCCAUCUGAACCUGUUUUUUAAGCAGGUCACUCUAAAAUAUACAGAGGAGAUCAGAAAACUGGAAGAGAAGAUGAAGACAAGGGAUCGUUACAUUACCAGUCUGAAGAAGAAAUACCAGAGAGAGAGUGAGCAGAACCAAGACAAACAGCAACGCAUUGAGAUACUGGAAAAAUACCUCUCUGAUCUCCCCACAUUAAAUGAAGUUCAAGUCCAGUCCAAACAGCAGGAGAAGUUAGAGGAAAAAAACAGGCAUCUUGAGAAUACAGUGUUCCAGUUACAGAAGAGCAUAGAGGAUGGAUGUGCAUUGAUUAAGAAGAAAGAUGUCAUGAUUGAGAUGCAGGCCAAGACAGAGGAUGAGAUGAUGACAUCUGUACAAAGGUUGCGUAAGAAAGUGCAGCAGUGUCUGGAUGACGGGGCCAGGCUGCCGGUGCAAGAUCUAAAAAACCUUUUGGGAGAAAAUUCUCAGCUCCUGCAGCAGCAAGAUAACAGCAACAUGGUAUUAAGGAUACAGAAGGAUGAAAUUGAGARACUAACUUCACAACUAAUGGCCACUAGUGGAAGACUGCUAAAAAAAAGAGAUGCUGCUCAUCCACCAGUGGCUUGUUCUCUGCAAAAGGAGGAGAACUUGGUCAGCAUGCUUGGAACAUUCUCACAGGACAAAGACAAGUUGGUGCAUCUGUCAUCUGCAGGAAGCAUGUCAGAAGUGGACGAGCUUUUGAAAGAGAUGUCUUUGUGUCUGCUUGACCUGCGAGGUUUCUGCAGCAUCCUGGCCCAAAGAGCGCAGGGAAAAGAGCCCAACCUCUCUCUGCUUCUGGGAAUGAAAUCAUUCAGCGUCUCAGCAGAGGAACAGGAGCACCAGCUGGCUGAAGGAGAAGAGGAACCGAGCUCUAAGCUGCUCCAAGUCGGCCUGCUGAAGAGAGGAAUAGAUGAUCUGAGGAGAACUGUAGCAGAAUACUGUCCUCAGUAUGUGGCUCCAGGCUGUGCCACGCAGUGAAUUCUUAAACAUUUCAUUUAUCGAAUCUCUAACACUAUACAACGAGGAUGUUUGGAAAAUGAAUCCUAUCUGUCACAGCUCUGAAAGGUUUGAACAUGUUUGAAGUUUUGUAACAACUGUUGCCUCUAAUCCACUUCAGCACUGGAUGYGAGCAGAGCAGCACCGUCCAUCAYUCUACUCCUCUGACAAAUAGGAUUUUAUGCUGAUAAUAAAAUGUUGAGGAUGGUGACACUAACUUUGCUUGGAAAUUAGGAUAUUACAUAAGGUCAUAUCAGAAUAAAUUCAAAGUUCAAGCAGAACUUUGUGCCUGUUGAUACUAUGGACAGUAAUGUUGUAACCACACUUAGUUUGCGAUGUGCUGUCCUUCCUGCUGCAGAGCAUGGCUCACUGUGGAAGAUCUGCUGCAGGUUAGUAACAGCAGUGGGUCGAUCUGGGCUCAGACUCGGUCUUGGUGCUGCUCACCACACGGCCCACUUCACUAAGCUGUUUUUUAUAAAAUAAACCAUCAAACAUCKUAAUUUACAUUAAAAUAUUUACUGAAA